AUGACAUCUUCAUCAAAUGAAUCAGUCACUAGUGCUACUGCCUCUGGUGAUUUAUCCAGAACUACCUCUUUUAUUGAGUCUCUUGUAUCAAUGAAAACAGAGGAGCAUGAUGAAUUGUACGAUCAUAGACAACAUACUGAUUGGGCUUCACCUCAAGCCACUACUCCAUUGAAACCGAUCCAUGUGACUGGUAUUCCUGAAAAUGGUCCCAAUGCGAGUUUAAAUAACUCCAAACCGAGCAAUCAAGUACGGGCACGAAGUUCAACUAACCAAUUACGUGUGGAUACAUCUAGUAGAAGAAGGUUAUCAUUGUACCCUGAGGAUGAGAUUAAGCGUAAUCCAACCCCCGUUCAACAAAAUCAUCAUUUGAAUUCUCAUUUGAAACCUGCAAAAUCACCAAAUAGAACUACUCAUGGUCCUUCUCCAAUCUAUCAUAAUGAUUCUUCUUCUCCUCAUUCUCAUAACUUGAAACCUCAUAAUUCUAAUUCUUCGGAACCACAACAGUCCAAAUUAAGAUCGAGAGCAAAUUCAAUCAUUUCUAUUCAUACUGCUAGAUCGGAUAUUCCACAAGAACAUUUGAGAAGAGUAUCAUCUGAUAAUCCACCUCCAAAGGUUAAAGGUUCAAAUCCAAAUCCAAAUCAGCAACAACAGCAACAACGUAGGGCAUCUGUUGAUAGUGAAGAUUCACAAGCUUCGAGAGAUUCACAAGAAACGGAAGAAGAUGUCUGUUUCCCAAUGUCCCCACAGUUACAUACUCGUAUUAAUGGUAUUGAUUUCGAUGAAUUGGAAGAAUUUGCUGAACAAUCAAAUAGAUUAAGAGAAGAAUAUUUAGUUUCUUUAUCUCAAAAGGAAAACUCAAGAGUGGAAAUCACAUCUAAUGAUAGUACAACGAGUUCUUCUAGAAGCUCCUUAUCAUCUGCUGCUUUGAAAUAUACUCCAAGAAAUGUAAAUGCAGCAGCCCAUUCGAAUUCAAAUAGUGAUGAACUAAACGAAGAAAGUAGUGAACCUUAUGACUUAGAAAAGCAAUUACCUAUUGAACCUGUUCCUCAAGGUAUUUCAUUUGGUGCUAAUAAGAUUGAAGAUGAUGAUGAAAUUUGUCCAAUUGGUACAGGUAUUAAUGCUAGCAGUAAUAAUGUGUCAAACAAAAAUUCAAGUAGUUAUGGCAGUAACUCUAAUAAUAGUAAUGAGGACAUUAGUACCCCAACUGAGUUUUAUAAUAGUUCCAAUACUUAUGGCGGGUACGAAUGUCCCACUAGAUUUGCCUUUAUUUGUUCUGAAUCAGGAGAAACUGUCCAUGCUACAGAUAUUGCCUCAUUAGUUAAACCAGGUGAAUCGUUUGCCAAUUUGUUUAGAAAUGGUAAACAAACUUGGUGGUUAGAUUGUAGUUGUCCCACAGAUGAUGAAAUGAGAUGUAUCGCAAAGACCUUUGGAAUCCAUCCUUUGACAGCGGAAGAUAUUAGAAUGCAAGAAACUCGUGAAAAAGUGGAAUUAUUUAAAUCAUAUUAUUUUGUUUGUUUCCAUACAUUUGAAAAUGAUAAAGAAUCUGAAGAAUAUUUAGAACCAAUCAAUGUUUAUAUGGUUAUAUUUAGAACCGGUAUCUUGACAUUCCAUUUUGCACCAAUUUCUCAUUGUGCCAAUGUCAGAAGAAGAGUUAGACAAUUACGUGAUUAUGUGGAUGUUAAUGCUGAUUGGCUUUGUUAUGCUUUGAUUGAUGAUAUUACUGAUAGUUUUGCACCAGUAAUUCAAUCUAUUGAAUAUGAAGCAGAUACUGUCGAGGACUCUGUGUUUAUGACAAGGGAUACUGAUUUCUCAAUGAUGUUGCAACGUAUUGGUGAAAGUAGAAGAAAAAUUAUGACCUUGAUGAGAUUAUUAAGUGGUAAAGCCGAUGUUAUUAAGAUGUUUGCCAAGAGAUGUAAAGAUGAAAUGAAUGGUAUUGGACCUGCGUUAACAUCUCAAAUUAAUAUUGCUAAUUUACAAGCAUCAUCGGUGAAUUAUCAUUAUUCUCAAACGAUUCAACCAAGAGGUGAUAUCGCAUUAUACUUGGGUGAUAUCCAAGAUCAUUUGUUAACUAUGUUUCAAAAUUUAUCAUCCUAUGAGAAGAUUUUUUCAAGAUCACACGCCAAUUAUUUGGCACAAUUACAGGUAGAAUCGUUUAAUUCUAAUAAUAGAGUCACUGAGAUUUUAAGUAAAGUCACAAUCUUGGGUACGAUGCUGGUGCCAUUGAAUGUGAUUACCGGUCUAUUUGGUAUGAACGUCAAAGUUCCUGGAUCGGAUGCUAAGAAUUAUGGAUGGUGGUUUGGUAUCUUGGGUGUUUUAUUAUUUUUGGCAGUUAUAGGUUGGUUCUUUGCAACGUUUUGGGUUAAAUUAGAACCUCAAAGCACAUUCAGUGCAGCUACUGAAAGUGGUGCUAAAUCUAUUAUAACGAAUUUCUUACCAAGAGGUGUUCGUCGUGGGAAACGGGACAAUAAUAACCGUUAUGCGCAAAGGUCAGGGACGCGUUCUAACCUUUCAUUUACAAGUUUACCAAGUAAGUACAGUCGUUAUAACUGA